UCUUAAUUCUAUAAGCCAUUUCUUAAGUAGUUCACCUAAAAAUGACAAUACUGUUAUCAUUUACUGACCCUCAUGUUGUUCCAAAUUUCUGACUCAUGCAAUGAAAGUGGACUAUUUUGUCCAUUGCCCAUAAAGACCCCAUGUGAUCAAUAAUAGAUCUUGGGGUCAUCCGUAUGCUGGUAUACCCCUAAAAAAAUUCACUUUUAAAAUGCACAUCAUCUUGUCUCCUUACAGGUGGAGUUUCAGUAUGCAGCUGUACUGAGGAUGCUGGCUGUCUUUGCUUUGCUCAUGAUGGCUACGACUGGUGAAGCGGAGUUCUGCCAAGGCUCUGAGAACUGCUCCAGCUCCAAUGGCUCAAAGGACUUUUGCUUUUCGGCCCGGAUCCGCAGCACCGUGCUCCAGGGCCUGCCCUUCGGAGGAGUGCCCACCGUACUUGCCCUUGACUUCAUGUGCUUCUUGGUGCUGCUAUGUGUGUUCUCUGUCUUGAGGAAGGUGGCGUUUGAUUAUGGCCGUCUUGCGUUGGUCUCUGAUGCCGACAGCCGUAGGUGGAAUCAGCACUAUCAACGUCUGGACGAGCAGGAAUAUGUGGCCUCCGCCAUGCAGACGCCUGCUGACUCCCGAUACGAGCGUCUCACCUCUGUGUCCAGCGGCUUCUGUGCCUGGCUAACUGCCAUCUUCAGGAUAAAAGAUGAUGAGAUCAGGGAGAAGUGUGGUGAGGAUUCCGUGCACUACCUCUCAUUCCAGCGGCACAUCAUUGGUCUGUUGGUAGUGGUGGGCGUGCUCUCCGUGGGCAUCGUCCUGCCUGUCAACUUCUCAGGAGACCUAUUAGAAGAUAAUGCCUACAGUUUUGGGCGAACUACAAUAGCCAACUUAAAAUCUGGGUAA